GAAUUCGGGGUCCAGUCGGGGCCGGGUAUAAAACUGCUGACCGGCUCUGCCGCCAACAUCAGUAGUAUAACUCCGCUCGAACAUGAAGGUCCUUGCUCUGUUCCUCCUUGCAGUAGCCUGCGCUCUGGCAGAGGAUAAAUAUACGACGAAGUAUGACAACAUCGACUUGGACACGAUUUUGACGAGUGAACGUUUGCUUAAAAACUAUAUAAAUUGCGUGCUGGAUAAGGGAAACUGUACGCCCGAUGGUAAAGAGCUUAAAGAGGCCCUUCCGGAUGCGCUGGAGACCGAGUGCAGUAAGUGCAGCGAGAAGCAAAAGAAGGGCACCGAGAAGGUCAUCCGGUUUCUAGUCAACAAGAGACCGGAAACUUGGGAGCAACUUAAGAAGAAGUACGAUCCCAGUGGCCAAUACAGUGUCAAGUAUGUAGACGAAGCGCACAAGCAGGGAAUAAACCUGUGAAUAAUUUAGAUUCUCAUCUCGCCGAGUAGAACGUCGAGAAAUCUGUCCUCUCUUUUCCCCACACCGCACCCGAAUUAAGUAAAUCCGCUAGUUCAACAUCACGUACUCUUUUUUUCUCGACCAAAAAAUUCAAAAGCUACGAGGAAACAUGUUAUCACAGAUGUUAUCAUAAAUAAUAAAGGAUAAGUGUAAAUGUGU